AGGACUGAAUUUGUAGAACACGCAAAUAGGGACGACUUGUAAUUCAUUCCUUUCCCAUAGAAAAGGGAUUUUCCAUUAAUCGGGAAGAUAAAAAGGAACCGGUAAAAUCAAUCGUAUUUCGGAGUUAAAAUGGCGUCAACCUCCGCCGUAGGUCCGUCGUCGGCAAUGAAGGAACCUCGAAAUUGGCUGUUAAUGCCUGACGAACUGAUGGAAAAUAUACUUGGAAGAUUGAGUAGCGUGGAAAAACUCAGGAGCGCAGGGCAAGUAUGCAGAACUUGGCGGAGAAUUUGCAAGGAUCCGGCGAUGUGGAAGGUCAUCGAUAUUAACAAAUGGCAGGAUGGGUGUGAUAAGAAUUACAAAAUCGAGAUGCUGACUAAGCAGGCAGUCGAUCUCAGCUGUGGGGAACUGAUUGAUAUCAGUAUCGGAGGAUUUUGCACCGAUGAUCUCCUUGAUUACAUCGUGCUACGCUCACGUAAGCUGAAGCGUCUUGACCUUUGGUCCUGCGACCAUAUAGGGGAUAGUGGGUUUAGUUGGGCAAUCAAAAAGCUGUCGCAGUUGGAGGAACUUGAAUUUUCUUACAUCUUUAUCAGUGUAGAAGACAUUGAAGUUAUUGGACAGAAUUGCCCUCAGCUCAAGUCAUUCAAGGUAUUUGACGUUAUAUACACCAGGCCAUACAUCGAAUAUGAUGAUCUAGCUGUUGCAAUUGCAAACAACAUGCCUGGGUUACGCCAUUUGCAGAUUUAUGGUCAUGAGAUGACAAAUGAUGGACUGAAGGCCAUUCUUAAUGGUUGCCCUCUCCUUCAAUCCCUAGACGUGCGUGAGUAGGGAUGAGUUAUAAAACCGAAAACCCGGACCGGAACCGGAAUCGGAACCGGUAUAACCGGAAAAUGUUUAAACGGUCCGGGUAUUGGGGUCCAAAUUUAGUCUUAUCCGGGUUCCGGGUAUUUCGGGUACGGGUCCAACGGGUCCGGGUAUUCCGGGUAAAAAAACCGGAACUGGUUUUUGGAACCGGAUAUGUAAAAAAACCGGAACCGGGUUUAAUGGUCCGGAACCGAUUUUUGUACGUUUUAUAAAGUUUUUAUAUAGCAAAUAUAAAUAAAUAUGUAAAAGAGAUUAUAAGUUGAUGCAGUGGCGGAGCCAAGAAUUUUGAUAUGGGGGUACAAACAUUAUCAAUAUAUAUUCUAUGUAGUUAUCA